CACCUGAGUUGCUAGCUGGCCGCGCUGGGUCCCGGGUCAAUGGGGCUCGCUGGGAAAGUGGGGACUGGUGCUGUUUAGUCUGCGUUGCAUUCCGGGGGGGUUUGGGAGACAGAGUCGGCUGGCGCACGUCGGGGGCCGGCCACGGACUCGAGAUGACUGCGCGAGGACUACUUAGCCGUCCCCUCCCAGCGUCCUGACUUGGUUUCCUGUGGCAUCCUCGUCCCCUCCGCUGCCCCGUUCCAAGCUGUCACUCUCUCUGGCAUCUCCCGGUGUCGCCGCCUUGUUCCAUCGACAGCUGUGCCUGUAGCGUAGCCCAGCUGGGCUGUUGUAACAGACACACAUCGGGCCAUGCCGUCGUAGCCCUGCUUAAAAAUCCUUCCCUUUCAGUUUGUGAAGGAUGCCGAGUGAGGGGAGCCCCCACUGCUGUCAGACCCAGGAGCAGGAGCCUGUGCGGAGUCCGCGGGUCGGAGCUGAGGAGGGUGCGCCUGUGGAGCAGGAGCAGGAGCAUGGGGGUGCCGCCGAGGCCGGGGAGUGCCCGCCCUCCCCUUCCUCUGCCUGUGGGCCGUCCACCUCUGCCGAGGACUGCACCUCAGCAGCCGUGAGGAGAGGCCCGGCCCUGCUGCACAUCGACAGACAUCAGAUCCCGGCAGUGGAGCCCAGUGCGCAGGCCCUGGAGCUGCAGGGCCUGGGCGUGGAUGUGUAUGACCAGGCCGUGCUGGAGCAGGGUGUGCUUCAGCAGGUGGACAGCGCCCUGCACGAGGCCAGCCGUGCCACCCAGCUCGCAGAUGCUGAGAAGGAGUAUCAUGCGGUCCUGGAUGACCUCACGUCAUGUACGACAUCUCUGAGGCAAAUUGAUAAAAUUAUUGAGCAACUCAGCCCUCAGGCUGCCACCAACAGAGACGUCAACAGGAAACUGGAUUCUGUAAAGCGACAGAAGCAUAAUAAGGAGCAGCAGCUGAAGAAGAUCACAGCAAAGCAGAAGCGCCUCCAGGCCGUCCUCGGGGGAGCGGCCGUGAGAGUGGAGCUGGACCACGGCAGCCUAGAGCAGGAGGAUGCAGAGCCAGGCCCGUCCUGCCUUGGCAGCAUGCUCAUGCCCGCCCAGGAGACCGCAUGGGAGGAGCUCAUCCGCACCGGCCAGAUGACGCCGUUCGGUACCCAGGUCCCUCAGAAAACAGAGAAGAAGCCUAGGAAGCUCAUGCUCAACGAGGCGUCAGGCUUCGAGAAGUACCUGGCGGACCAAGCCAAGCUGUCUUUUGAGAGGAGGAAGCAAGCUGCCAGUAGGAGAGCAUCCAGGAAAGCCCCGGCCUCGGCCCAGUCCGAGCCAGGCGCGCCAGCCAGGGAAAGCGAGCCGAAGCCCAGGAGCAAGGCUCUGUCGCAGGCAGACCGGCGCCUGCAGAAGCACCUCAGGAAGCUCCAGAGGAGGGCGCUGCAGCUGCAGUUCCAGGGCAGGCCGGGGCAGCCCAGGGGGAAGAGGCCCCCGGAGGGAGACUCCAAGGGAGGCUCGGAGGGUGAGGAGCCCCGGGCCUGCCCCCCGGAGCCCCUGGAGCUCGAUCGGGCGGCAGAGGGAGCCGGGGAGGAGGUCGGGGCCAGCCCGUCCGCAGAAGGCGCGGACUGUGAGCCGAGGCCUGUGCCCAGGGCCCAGAAGCGCCGGCGGAAAGCCCUGGUGCAGGGCAGCGAUGAUGACUUUUCGCCGAGUUCCGGGGAAGAGGCCGAGGCCGAGGCCGCAGGAAAGGGAGGAGGACCCAGUCGCAAGGCGGUGCGCUGCCGGGACGAUGGCGAUGGAGAGCAUUACAAGCAGCGGCUGAGGAGGUGGAAUAAACUUAGAUUGCGGGACAAAGAGGAACGUCUGAAGCUUGAAGAUGACUCAGAAGAGAGUGAUGCAGAAUUUGACGAAGGCUUUAAAGUACCAGGUUUUCUGUUCAGAAAGCUCUUUAAGUACCAGCAGACAGGUGUUAGGUGGCUGUGGGAAUUGCACUGCCAGCAGGCAGGAGGAAUUCUGGGAGACGAGAUGGGAUUGGGCAAGACCAUCCAGAUAAUUGCCUUCUUGGCAGGUCUGAGCUACAGCAAGAUCAGGACUCGCGGUUCAAAUUACAGGUUCGAGGGGCUGGGCCCCACCAUGAUCGUCUGCCCGACGACGGUGAUGCACCAGUGGGUGAAGGAGUUCCACACGUGGUGGCCUCCCUUCCGAGUGGCGAUUCUACACGAAACCGGCUCCUAUGCCCACAGGAAGGAGAAGCUAAUUCGAGACAUUGCUCAUUGUCACGGAAUCUUGAUCACUUCUUACUCCUACGUCCGGCUGAUGCAGGAUGACAUUAGCAGGCACGACUGGCACUAUGUGAUCUUGGACGAAGGGCACAAAAUUCGAAACCCCAACGCUGCCAUCACCCUGGCUUGCAAACAGUUCCGCACGCCUCAUCGGAUCAUCUUGUCCGGCUCACCAAUGCAGAACAACCUCCGAGAGCUGUGGUCGCUCUUUGACUUUGUCUUCCCCGGAAAGUUGGGCACCUUGCCCGUGUUUAUGGAGCAGUUCUCCGUCCCCAUCACCAUGGGGGGAUACGCCAAUGCUUCUCCUGUGCAGGUGAAAACUGCUUACAGAUGUGCCUGUGUCUUACGGGACACCAUCAACCCGUACCUGCUGCGGAGGAUGAAGUCGGACGUGAAGAUGAGCCUGUCUUUGCCAGAUAAAAACGAACAGGUCUUAUUUUGCCGCCUUACAGAUGAGCAGCAUAAAGUCUACCAGAAUUUCAUUGAUUCUAAAGAAGUUUACCAGAUUCUCAAUGGGGAGAUGCAGAUUUUUUCUGGACUUGUAGCCCUGAGAAAAAUCUGCAACCACCCUGACCUCUUUUCUGGAGGCCCCAAGAAUCUCGGCGGUCUCCCCGAUGAGGAGCUGGAAGAGGGUCAAUUCGGGUACUGGAAGCGUUCGGGGAAGAUGAUUGUUGUCGAGUCUUUGCUGAAAAUAUGGCACAGACAGGGUCAGCGAGUACUGCUCUUCUCUCAGUCCAGACAGAUGCUGCACAUCCUGGAAGUGUUCCUGAGAGCCCGGGGGUACUCCUAUCUCAAGAUGGAUGGGAGCACCACCAUCGCCUCUCGGCAGCCGCUGAUCACCAGAUACAACCAGGACACGUCCAUCUUCGUGUUUCUCCUGACCACGCGUGUGGGCGGCCUAGGCGUUAACCUGACCGGGGCCAACAGGGUGAUCAUCUACGACCCUGACUGGAACCCGAGCACUGAUACACAGGCCCGGGAGCGAGCGUGGAGGAUCGGCCAGAAGCGGCAGGUGACUGUGUACCGGCUCCUGACGGCGGGCACCAUCGAGGAGAAGAUCUACCACCGGCAGAUCUUCAAGCAGUUUCUGACCAACAGAGUGCUAAAAGAUCCAAAGCAGAGGCGGUUUUUCAAGUCCAAUGACCUUUACGAGCUGUUUACUCUGACAAGCCCCGACUCGACCCAGAGCACGGAAACAAGCGCUAUUUUUGCAGGAACUGGCUCGGAUGUUCCAACGCCCAGACGCCAUCUGAAAAGGAGGACUCCGCCGGCCUUCGGGGCAGACCAGGAUGCUCCGAAGUGCGGGAGGUUCCCAGAUUCUGCCACACGUACAGGCGCAGCCACUCCGGCCAAGGCUAAACCCAAGGCAAUCGGGGCUGAAGGAAGCACGGUAGCUUCCGGUGCAGGUGGCCUUGGUGACGCCCACCCAGGUGGCGGGGUGACUGCUGGUGAUGGGGCUGGAGAGGAAACAGGUGCAGGGUCUGGACCAGAGGCACCGCUGGUGACCAGCGGACAUGGGGGCAGCGCCGCAUCCCUGAGGGUCAGCAGGGCGCCUGGGCCACCUGCUGAGGAGGACCCCACCACGGAUCAGGCGCCUUCUGCUGCCGGACACAGCGGCCAGGUCCCAGCAGAGCCCCCUUGGGAGAACGGCCAGGCGGGGAGUCGGUCCUGGAAGCACAAGUCCAAGACGAAGCACCAGGCAGUGGCGGAAGAGGGGGCCCUGGAGCAGCAGCGGAAGCCCGGGAGCGCCAGGCACCGCAGGGACGCCAAGUUUGAGGGCACCCGAGUGCCGCACCUGGUGAAGCGGAGGCCGUACCAUCGGGCCGACGCUGAGCCUGAGCCUGCGGCUGGGGCUCGCAGUGGUGACGACUACGUCCUGGAAAAGCUCUUCAAGAAGUCAGUGGGCGUGCACAGCGUGGUGAGGCACGAUGCCAUCAUGGACGGGGCCAGCCCAGACUACGUGCUGGUGGAGGCAGAAGCCAACCGUGUGGCGCAGGACGCCCUGAAAGCCCUGCGGCUGUCCCGUCAGCAGUGCCUGGGUGCUGCGUCUGGCAUUCCCACCUGGACAGGCCGCCAGGGCUCCAGAGUGAGGGGUAGAUUUGGGCAGAAGAGGAACUCCAGCCUCUCCGGGCAGCGCCCUCCAUCGUCUUCAGCAGAGAAAUGCCAGGAUGGUGUGGAGCACUUCAGCGGGAGAGUGCAGGACCCGGACUCCUCCCCUGCCGCCCUGGCGUCCUCCUCCCUCCUGGCCAGGAUGCGGGCGAGAAACCACCUGACCCUGCCCGAGCGCCCGGAGAGCAGGGCCACAGCGGAGGCGCCCACGCCGCCACCCUGCGCCACUGAGCACGAUGAGCUGCUGGUGGAGAUGCGGAACUUCAUCGCCUUCCAGGCCCGCGUGGACGGCCAGGCCAGCACUCGCGAGAUCCUGCAGGAGUUCGAGUCCCGGCUGUCCACCUCGCAGUCCUGCGUCUUCCGGGAGCUGCUGCGGAACUUGUGCAGCUUCCACAGGACGCCGAGCGGGGAGGGGGUGUGGAGACUCAAGCCGGAGUACUGCUGAGCAGCCCCCAGCGCUCCCCAGCUCCUCCGCCAACAGCAUCUACCUCGCCAGCCCUUCCUCGGGCAGGGAAGCCCUCAUCACGCGGCUGAAGGCGUCCUGGCCUGGGAAGGGACUAGAACAAUGUUAGGAGAUCAGGGACCCAGCAGCUGCUCGUCAGCGCCUUGUGCUCCCCGAGACGCGUACAGGGCUGCUGUCUGCGUGUUAGUGGUGCUAGAAACCUGCUCCCGCGCCCUCGACCUGGGCCUCACAUUCAUCCAUCAGUAUUUUGAUACCUAACUUUGAAAUGCAUACAUUUACCGUUUGCCACCCAAAAAAGAUCAGGUUUGCUGUCUUACAAAACAGUUUCCUUAACAAGCAGUCUCCUUGUGGGGUGCCGUUCCAUCAGCAGGUUUUUAAGUUUUCAGGCUUGGUGCUGAGGGUCGAGCUCAAGCCUCACCGCUGAGUGCAGGCUCUGCCCAGGGCUGCGCCCCCUGCGGGUGUUGCCCUAAACAGAGCAGACCUGACUUGUUCAUAAAUACCAGGAUGUCUGUCGGCAAAGCCACGUGGUCAGUUUGUCCUGGUGCUUCUUUAAGCAAUGAGUUCUUAUCUCCCUCCAGCAGUAACUGUAGGCUUGGGGAAAGCUGAAAUGUGUGAAGUUUUAGAAAUAAAUGAACAUCCAAGCAGAACUGCUAUAAAUGCACCGAGUGGCGCACACCUGCCGGGGCCUGCCCUGCAGACCCCAUGGGUCAGACGUCCCAGCCCCGAGGUGGAACCGGGGCCUUCGGAGCGAGCACCGCAUCACCAGGCUUCCCUGGCCGCAGGCCUUGCUCCCUGAACCUGAUGCUGCCCGAGCAGCUUGCUGCUCGCCUGGGUCUGUCGCGCCUGGGUUUGUGGGUCCGGGGCGGUGCAGCCUUGCUCUGGCCCUCCCUCCGCCUUGCUCCUUCCGGUUCCGGUGGGGAGGAAGCCAGACUGCUUUCUUCACUUUGCCAUAGAGGAGUGCUCAGGCCAGUGCUGACCUUCAGUGCCGGGCUCCGGGGGCAGCACUCAGGCUGGUUUGCUUCCGGGCAGCGCCCACUUAUUUUUAGGUUUAUGACCUUAGCCUCUAGAAAUCUCUGUCACUUUGUUCUCAGGACUUCCCAGCCACAGGGGCAGAAGUUUCAAUCAUACUGAGCUGCAGAAGGUGUAGCCUUGUCUCUAACUAAAGAAAAGUCCCUGUCCCAAGCUGCAGUGCAGCGGGCUCGAGGCGGUGUCCCCCAGCUGCGCCCACCCCGGGCUUCAGGGGGUCACACUGGACUGGACGCUUAGCCCCGUCCUCCCAGUGGACGCACAGGGACAGCAGGCUCUCUGCAAGUGGCUUUGACAAGGCAGAGUAACUUCCUUAGAUAAGGUCUAAGUUCUAGAACACUUAAUCCUCUUGCAGUGUAAAUAUAUUUAAUGUGUAAAUAUCAGAAGGAAUAAAAGAUUUAAAGUUUUCGUCA